CUAACAAGUACUAUCCCUUAGUUCAUUCUAUAGACAUGCCUCAGCAUGUCCAGGCGCGAUCUUGGGGUACUCGUUUUGACACAUUACUUUUUGCUUCUCUCCCCCCAGCAGAAGAUGCUAAUGUCACCCCUCAAGAAGACAGCCCCUUGACCGUCAACGAGCCAUCUGACGACUCUAAGAAGUCUGCAGACAAGAUAGUUCAAGACGCUAGCAUUUUCAUCGGAAGUCUACCAACUAAUAUCGAGCAUUUGGAGCUAACUCGCAUGCUCUCUGAUCAUCUUUCUGAUCAUCCAGAGGUACAGACCAUCAAGGUCGUUCGUGACUCAAAGGGCGGCACUUGCGCAUUCAUCCAGUGUCAGGACGCCGAGACAGCGGCAAUGCUAAUCACACAUUUGCAUUCGUCGGUCCCUAAACAAUUCAUGGGGCGUUACUUGCGCUAUGAGCCCGCGCGAGCCUUGAGAACACUGCUCAUAUCCUACCGUACACCACGACAAUUUGCGCCUCCGUCAGAUACCAAAUCAGGCUUUGGCGACCUUCAGGGUGGUGAGCCUGUUGACCUUGACUUACCUUGGGCGAUGAAAAUUUCUAGGGUCCCGGGCUCCCGGCACUUGUCAGUCCUGUACAACUCAGAUGCGCGUGCGGCAGCGGAGAACGAAGGCCUUCUGCCUCUCAGCGAUCGGGAAGCAGAUGAAUCUGGGGCGUAUUUUUACCCCCUGCUUUACACCGCCGAAACUCUAAGAAAGAUAUCAACCAUUUUCGGGGGCAUCGAACAUUUUGUCCCUCACGAAUUCGAGUCAGGUGUUCAGCAAGAAUAUCCUCCUCCGCACAAUGCACCCCGCUCUGUAGAAAUGGAGACGGGGUGCUGGGAGAUCAAAUGGUGCCACCGCGAUGAUUGCGUUGGCGCUCUGAUGACUCUGCGUCGAGUCCCUCACCUGACCGUGACUUGGGCACACCAUCCAGCUCACCCACGUCAGUCGAUGUCACACCAUGGCGCCCAGCCUGUGCAUACUACCCAGCACCACUGGCAAGCUCAAGUGACUAGCUCCACGCAUACGGUGCCAUCUCAUUUCCCAUUUCCAAACCGGUUUUCAUCCGCAGAUUCACUCGUUCCCUAUCAUCGUGGCAUAGAGCAGACUCCGUCGUCAGUUAGCCUUGGUGACAUAUCACGCAAUCUGAACCGAGCGUCUACUGCAUUGUGCGAUAUGGCCUGGUCCUCGCAGAAUGUCGCGUUGGAUACGAAAGGCACGACACCAAAACGUCCUCGAGCUCUGUCCUUGAGUCACAAGCCAUCAGGUGUGGACAAGAAAGACUUUCCGCCCAUCUCUGAGACAGUCCGUGAACGAGAAACGAGAAAGUAUUGGAGCGACCGAAUGGAGGCCGACGAAAAUCCGAGCAUCGUGACGCCCUUAUCAUCCAUGACGGGUAUUUCAGAUGUUGCAAGUUCUACGGCGCAUUUCAAUACCACACCAGUUCACCAGGAGGGAUCUUACGAGCUUGAGGUUGGCAUCCCUCCAACUCCCGAAUUUGGGAGCUCGCCUAUGACCCCCAAAACGCCGGUGUCUUUGGUACCUCGCACUCCUACCACUGGAAGUUACCUGGGCGACUUUCAUUCCGGAUCUUUACCUGAGCUCGCCACGAAGAAUGUCUUGCAAUGGGAUGCAAAGCGCGAAGGUCCAUUGGAUCCUACUACCAUAUUCGUCGGAGGAUUGGAGAUGUAUGGCCCAAACGCCUGGGACGAAGAACGCGUCCGUAACUUGUUCUCGAGGUAUGGCGGCGUGGAGAAUGUCAAAGUCAUCCGGCCAGUCAACAAGCGUUCCGCGUUUGCCUUUGUCACAUUCAACAACAAGGAUUCUCCCGCUCGAGCUGUUAGUGAAGAGCAUAACAGGAUCCUUGACGGACGCCCAAUACGCGUUCAACUCCGUGACUGGAACCCUCCGCACCGCACGAACUGGAGAUCCAAUCGUAACCGCGUGCGAAAUUAUGAAGGGAGCAUUGUCCGCCAUGGUUCAGAACCGUCUCUCGUCUCCAGUGACGAUUUCCGUGUGGAUCCCAAUCUUCAACAGGCAACUGCGAUCGCCCUGGAAGAGAGGCUGCAGGAGUUGAACAUCGGCCAGACAGCCGCCAAAGCUUCAUUGCCCGACGUCCAGCAGUCAGAAGAAAAUCUUGACGUUACCUCUGAACUUCAACAAACCUCCUCUCCAGUUGCGGAUGACGUACAGGCCGUAAAUUUAGACGACACCGUCCCGCCUCAGGCCGCUUCCAUUACACCUUCCACAUCACAAUCGUCGGUAACAUCUGUCCCUCCCCAACAUGUGGCCUAUCCCGUACCCACAAUGGGGUACUAUCAUCCUCAAGGAUGGGUAGCUGGUUUCCCGCCCUAUCACAUGCAGUAUAUGGGGGCAUACCCUGGAUAUCCUCUUCCGUCACCGAUGGGCCAAUCGUUUCCGCCAGCUAGUGGCGCUGAUGCUCGUGGAACACCUUCAGCAACACCUGCUCCGAUCGUCCACCCAGGCAUGUAUGCUCCAUUCAUUCCAUAUCCGUAUCCCGCGACAACACCCGUGCGAGAGCAAGGCCAGGGACAGACACCUGUCGCAGCACAAGCGCCACUGAUACCUACGGGGUUCAUUCACGGAGAUCAGGGUAUUCUGGUUCCUGUUUACCCUCCAGACGCUCUGGAUCAAUACAUGUCCGGCGCUCAAGGCGAACAAGCCUCGACCUCCACAGAAGCUGUUCCUGCUUCGCUCCCAGCCCAACCUCCUAAUCAUUGGAGGCCAUACCCUCAACCUACGUUUGCACAUGGCAUACCAGUGCCACCAGGGAUUCAGCACCCAAACCCAGGACCUUUUCCGAUGAUGGGUCCCCACGGCUGGAUGCCAAAUCAUGCCCCGUUCGGCAUCAACCAGCAAGCCCCGUCAAAUGUUUCUGUAGGUUCCGGUAGUGCACAUAUGCAGCCGAUGUUUGAGCAGCGCAAUUAUAAUGUCCCUCCUCGUCGCCAACAUCGCAGGGACAAUCAGUCCAAUUUUAAGAAUGGGGGUCGCGGUCACCCUGGGCGUUACCCUCGCGGAUCGUUUGCGCCAAAUGUACCGAUGAUGAACGCUCAUCCCGCUCCAAGGCCUGACCACUUCACUAGCUCCCAACGAGACGUGCAGAGUCACUGGCCCCGAAUGGAACCAUUAGGGUAGCCAGUGAUUGCAUCAGCUGCACUGACAUUUCUCGAGUUGGGCAUGGUUUGAAUUCUCUGUCACUCUGUACACAUACAUUUUCGUUUUAUCUUCUUUUCUUCAAACCAAUCAGUCUAAUAUAUACAUACGUUUUUCGUCUCCCUCAUCCACAAUUUUUAAUAUCAAAAACGACAUUCAUUCACCCAUAGAUUUGCGCAUCAUGUUCAGUCAUAUUCUCACC